AUGGCCAAUGAAUCUUUCCCUUGGAGUUUGGUUACGGCCAAAGAGUCUGGCGGAGAAGAAGUCAUUGAUUUUGUUAUGAAAACAGAUGAACGGACAAAAGUUCUGGAGAGGUUUGGCCAACCGACAGUACGCGAAGAAGACAUGACUGAUGAUGAUGUAACUCCAAAGGACGAAGACACAGAACUGUGCUAUCCACUGUAAGCUGCGAAGCCGUUCUGUGCGUACUUCUUGAAGAACUUGCUUCCUAGAGUUGGUUUUGUCCUAAAAUCUUUUUGCCGAAACGCAGUCAACUAUGCUCUCGAGUUUCUCAUGGCUAAUCGGUAAGAUACGGGAAUCGGAAGUCCCCCUCCCCCCAGGUGACCUUGUUCUAAAUUUCCAAAGGGGUACCUAUUCCCAUUUCCUAGCACUGACACUAGCCGUAGCUUAAAGCUUAACCCUAACACUUACCCCUACUUAACCUUUAACCUAAUUCCUCUGGAAUUUCGUCCAAGGAUUGUUCCUAUUCCCAUUUCCUGUCCACCGACUUUGACCCUUAGGUAGCAUUAAUUGUAAAAGUUUUCAGUCACAGUUUCUUCGAAGACGUGCGCCAUUAUCAACAAACCAUGGCCCUCGCAGCCUGGUUUAAACUGGCAGUUCCCCGACACCUGGUUCCCUGCCGGUAGAUACGCUUGCGCUCCCGAUGGGUAUACAGGUGGGGGGGACAUGGCUGCCCAGUCAUCCUCGUUCUUCUGACUCCUGUCGGGGUGUUGUUGUUGGUGAUAAAUCCCGGUCAAGCGCCUGUUGUGGACCAGGGGGUUUGGAGUGGAACGCCAAGGUGCAGGCUCGGUCGUGCCAUCCACCUGCGCUCUCCCCCGCCUCCGCCUCAGGGUCAAUUGACCCUGUCUUGACACCUGAUCCAGGUGAGGAGUGGGGAAGAGAGAGUUCGGUAGAUGCUGUGCAAGUCUACUAUCACUUUAAACUAAUUCACGCGCAAGUCACCGUGCCUGCUGCACCUAACUAUGCAACAGACGGUGGACAUCGUCGGACUUGACGAUCGAACUGUAAAGCAGCUGGGAAAGAUGGCGUUGGUGGUAUGAUUUGUUUAGUUUUGACUGGGCUUGGCAGUCACCGUUGUUUGAAAGGUCAGGAGAAAUAAGUUCUAAACGGAAUGUUUGCAUAAAGACUUCUUCUGUGGUCAUCCACUCCAUUUAGCUCUAACCUAACGAAAGUUCAUAUUGACCCAACUGUGAAAAACUCGGCGCCUCGGUGGGAUUCAAACCCACGCAGUAAGGGGAAGGCGUGGGUUCGAAUCCCACCGAGGCGCCGAGUUUUUCACAGUUGGGUCAAUAUGAAUUAUUCAAAAUCUGCCAAAACAUCUAAUGAAAGUUGCGAAAGAUUCUUCGAUCUCUUCAGAAAAGCCCGUUUCCCAUAAGAACCAAAAUUUCUUUUGCGAUAUUCGUUAUGACAACAGUUCCUUGUUGGUAUGAAUUCGUAAUGCUGCAGCUGAAAGGCAACUGUAAUCAGUUCAAAAGUUCCUAUUGGGUUUUUGUUGGAAGGACAGGUGUAAGUUUUCAAAUUAGAACUCCGGAACAUCGGUUUACGUAUGCAUUCGAAGGGGAGAUGCUGGUUAAUUGACGUACUCAUGCUGAUUAGUGUGGAAUAUAACCGCAAACUUUCACAUGCAGGACUGGACACCCCAGCCGCCAUUGUCAAUCGCCAUCGGGGAAACUGCUUACUUAAGUAGUGUGCGUGUUUUCUACGUCUUUACUAACUUAACUCUUUUCCCCAGAGUUUUAAGCUUGUGGAUGAUGGAUGCUCAACCGAGUGACGACAUGCUGCUAUGUAUAAACAUACCUGCUGUCAACUACCGUGCCAGCGGUUUUUAAACCUCACAAAAGGAGUAUUUUCUGUUUUUAAAGACGAUUUUAGAGGCCUUGCCCAAUGUUUGGUAACUACUCUACAUUGAAUAUGUAUUGCAUUAUUUUGCUUACCAAUGUCUUAAAAUGUGCAGUACUUGACAAAAAAUUUAAAAGCCGAUAUACAUCCUUCAAACAAAAAAGUUAAAAAUGCUAUCUUCUAAAAGAUCAGUCUACGGAAUGCGGCAAUGCAAAAGCAUCUGCUGCCCAGAUGUUACACAGUCAAAUGAAGGCCGAUUAAACGUUCGUCUCCGAUGAUAUUUUUAUAGCUCUGUGGAGGCUUUGUAAAAGGAUGUUCUUUACAACGUAAAAACUAAUAUUCUUUAAAUUCUCUUCUGUCCUUCCUAAGUCGGGAACUUAAAUGAUGCAGUUCGCACUAAGCAACUUUCCGUAAAGUUCGGAUUUCUUGCGAACCGCUCAUAUUCCGAGACGCCAACUUCCCAAUCUCGGACUGGUUGCUUUGUCUGCGACCUAUGGAUGACACAUGACAGGCUGACCAUCGUGGUCGACGAUGUUUGCCGUGUACACCACAGAAGGGCAAAAUAAGUCAAGGUGACUGGUGUGUUAGUUAGUUUAUAGUGACUUGCGCGGCAUCUACUGUACCCCCUCCUCCUCUCCCGCCUGUGCCCGGUGUCAAGACAGAGUCAAAAAAACCAGAGAUAAGAGAGGGCGCCAGGUGACUGACACGGUGAAUAAACGCACCUAGGCGUACCACCACACUCCUGGUCCACAACGCAUACUGACCAGGAUUUUACGUACAAUGAGAAAAGAAGGAGGAGGCUGCUCGGAUCCCACGGAGUGGGAGUGCCAUAGAGGCCACAUUAAGAAGGAGCCAUUGCAACCGGACUCGCAGUUCACCAGUUCGUCACCGGCUUUGACCCCCAGGAGCGCAUAUUCCGUUUCCAAUUAUGCUUCGGCUGCGAAUUCAGGGCAAACCUCGUAAAUGUAAGAUAUAGAUAAUUAACGUUAGCAUUCCUACUGACUCACUGUGUGAAAUAAAGAACGAGCGCAGCCACAAAUCAUGUGGUGUCGUAUGUGCUCCAACCCCUGACCUCUUGAGUACUUUCGUUGUGAAUCUGAAAUAAGGCAAUAGUAUCGAUUGUUAGCAGUGCUGGCAGUCGUGUUGUCCGUAGCUCAACGGUAGAGCACGUUGUGCGCCCCAAACGGGUCACGUGGUAGAUGCUCUGGACCAACACGGGGGCCAUAUCGGAUUCUGGGAGGCGUUAUCGGUUUUGCGCACGGUAACAAAUGCCAGCAUUUUCGGGGUGCGUUGGCGGAGCCGGUUGCGACGUACGUCGCGCACUCUGGGGUCCCGCCACCACCCCAUUGUUGCUGUUGUUAGUCAAAAACCUGGUUAUUUGUUGUGUGGACCAGGGGGUGUGGGGUGGAACGCCAAGGUGCGGGUUGUACCGUGCCAUCCACCUGCGCCCUCCCCCGCCUCCAGUCUUCUUGACUCUGUCUUGACUUCGGGUCCAGGUGGGGAAGGAGGAGAGAGUGCGGUUGAUGCUGUGCAAGUCUGUUAUCACUAUAAACUAAAUUUUUGCACAUGUCGCCGUCCCUACUCUCACUCUGCGGUGGAGCACACGGUAGACAUCGUCGAAAUCGACGGUCGAACUCUCGGUAGGGCACCUAGUGUGAGAGUUUAUGGCGUCUGGGGACUUGGUUCUGUCAGAUGACACGCGUUUUCUAUCAACGUGAGGUCCUUAUUUCCUCGUAGUCUGCUAACAAAAUGUUCUAAAGCUAGAGCGGUUUGAUUUCAGGAAGUUCUUGCACAUCAGCGAAUCCGGGGAGCCGAAGCUCACCCUGCAGCAGCUGAGGGAGGCCGUAGCGGAGGCAAGGAGACUUAAGGCCCUGGAGGAAGCAAACGCUCGACCCCUAUCUGUUGUCGCCCCCACUAUCUCCUCCACACUCGACCGAUUCCAACCCAAUGAUCCCACGGUGAGCUGCCAUUCCCCACAGCCGAAUUUGCUGCUUGCUCAUUUUCCAUUGACCCUGUAUAGAUCAGCCUUGAGAUAGGCGAAGAGAAGGUUAAUUUUUUUCUAGUCUAUACAGCAACACAUAAACAGCAAUAUAGGUAAAUCAAUAACCAAAAUCAGGUUUCUCACAAUGCCCGACUCAUCUUUGAUUCUCGCAAGUUGUUGACCUCAGCAAACAGGGCUCCGCCUGACCUAGAAGCAAAGCUCUCAAUUGAACUGGAAAACUUUUCAAUGUAUGCAAAAAUGCCCUGCUAUCGGUGGGUUUUUGAUGUAGGUUGCCUUUGAGAAUUUCCAGAAACCUUGGGUUGCGAAAUAUCCGGGGGUGGCUUUUGUGUAAGGUUUUGACCACAUACAGACGGUGACCAAUCUCAUGAAAUAUCAACCAAAACUAGCCUUCAGUUAGGAAAGGUUACUUGAGUGUGAUUGCAAUACUGAUUACCGUGAAGCAUAAUCCCCAGAUAUUUAUAUCACACCGGCAUGCCGGCCUUUAAAUGGACUUCUUCUCAGUCACUUGCAAAAACUGCACUACUUAAUUAAUAUAAGGUUUUCUACCGGUUUCCGAUUUUCGUGUAAAUUCAAAUAUUUUUUAUGGAAAACAUGCUCAACGAUAUCCUUUUUGUUAUUAUUCGGUAGCAAAUCAAGUCUUAUUUAAAUUUUAUCCUCGAAAAAGUGGUAAUUUUCGGUCUUAAAAGUUUAUCAUUGUGAUAUUUUUUGGACUGUAAAAUGCCCAUUCGGGUAGCAUCGUGUCUGUACGUCUAGUAAUCCUUGCUACGAAGUAUGUGACAAAGCCCUCAUCUAUUGCAGACUUAUGAGCCCUAUGUGACAUCUUCUCGGCAGCAUAUCGAAGUGUACGAUUUUUCUUACACAAAGAGUAUAAAACCUGUGAGUUGUAAAUUCUAAAUGAAAGUACAACGGCAUGUCGGAUUCAAAAUUAUUCUGGAAGCGAAACUUUUAAAACUUAAAUACAUCUUUUGUUCGAAUGUGAAACUUGCUGUCAUAUGAGUACAUGAAAGGUAGUAGUCCUUGCUACGGAGUAUAAGACAAAGUCCGCAUCUAUUGCAGACUUUUAUGAGCCCUAUAUGACGUCUUCUUGACAGCAAAUUCUAACGGUAGCCAGGGUUAGGGUUAGGUUUGAGGUUGAAACACGGGGAUAAGUACCCCCCAAAAUCUAGCGCCAGUCCACCGGUACCAUGGAAGGUCCUUAUUCCGUUCAUCACGACCGGUGCUGUUCAUCUGACUGCGAGCAGUAUUACCAUGGUUAUGUCUCAUUUUAAGGGGGUCCAACCUAAAUAUCCGAGACAGAGCCAGUGUCUUCUCUUCUUGUCUCAUACCUAUCUGAUCGUCCCUUCUUUCUCUCCCUUUUGUUGUUAUAUCUUGUCCUUACUCUUACUUCCACCCGCAUCUUUCCUCGUACCCUCUUCCACCUUCCCUUCCUCCUCGCACGCUAAUUCCAGCUUCCGAGUGAAAUGGCAUUUUCCCCACUAAUGCCUCCCACCGGCGACUGAUUUCCUCCCUGGCCUUUCUUGUUUGCCGCCUUUCUAGCUUCUCCUGGCGCAGCUGCCGAUUCACGAGGGCAACAGUUGGUGUGACCUGAGUAUCACCUGCAGCGAUCAGCUGCGUCUGAGGGCCCCCUUCUUCUUCUACGAGGCGCGCUUCGAUCGCCUGUCCAAGUCUCAGGCUGACCAGCUGGAGCACUGGCAGACAGUUGUGCACAAGAACUGUGAACGUCAACGGUCCGCCCUGCAGCGCCAACUGGAGAAGUGCCACUCCUUCAAUACCCUUCUUGGUCAUAUGCGACCCAAGUGUUGGCAAACUGGUCUCCUGGACAUGAGUCAACAGUACGCCUACCGAUACAAGGAUGUGAGUCUCCAGUUAUCAGUCAGUUGUGCUUGUGUGUGUGUGUACCCCCAAAACGGGCAACGCGGUAGGUGCACUGGACCAACACGAGCGCUAGAUCGGAUUCUGGCAGGUGUUAUCGGGACUACUCACUCGUAGCAAAUACCCACAGUUCGGGAUGCGGUGGCGGACCCGAUUGCUGGCAGACUUCGCGCAGACUGGGACCCCUGCCGCUCCCUCCCCACAUUGUUGUUGUUGGGCCACACCUGGUUAUUUGCUGUGUGGAUCAGGGGGUGUGGAGUGGGGCGUCAAGGUGCGGGCUAGACCGUGCCAUCCACCCGCUUCCUCCCCCGUCCCCGGUCUGCUUGACUCUGUCUUGACACCGAGUCCAGGUGGGGAGUGGGGAAGAGAGUGCGAUAGAUGCUGUGACAGUCUACUGUAACUAUAAACUAAUUCAUGCAUAAGUUAUCGUCCCUGCUCUCUCCUUGCUGUGGGGCACACGGUGGACGUCGUCGACAACGACGGUCGAACUGUCGAGUGACAUUCAUUGCGUCACCACAACGGGCCACUCGGUAGGUGCGCUGGAUGAAGAUGGGAGCCAGAUCAGGGCACGUAGGGCGUUAGUGAGGAUGCGUACCCACAACAAAUGGCAUGCGUGGGGUGUGGUGGAACGCCCAGACGCAGGCUCACGUCGCGCCGACAGCCUGCACCCUGUCUUCUUGACCCCGUCAUGACACCGGGCUCCGGCGGAUGGGGAGCAUGGUAGAUGCUGCGCUAAUCUACUAUCACUAUAAACUAGUUCACCUAAAAGCCACCGUCCAUGCGCCUACGCUGCUGUGGAGCACACGGUGGACAUCUUCAGCAACGACGGUCGAACUGUCGUGUAUGUUGGCCGAGAAAACGGGCCACGCGGUAAAUGAGCCAGACCAACACGGGGGCUAGAUCGGAGUCCGGCAAGCGUUAUUGCGAAUGCCCACCCGUAGCAAAUACCAACAUUGGGGGCCAUGGUGGAGCGCCCAGUUGCUGGCUGGCGUCCAGCUAACUGGAAUCCGUUCCGGCCCCUAUUUUUGUUGUGGUGUUAAAUCCUGGUCAGUGUCCGUUGUGGAUCAGGAGGUGUGGUGCUACUCUUUGGUGUGAGCUUCGCCACGCUAGUAACUUGCGUCACCUCACUCCUCCGGCCCUCUUGGUUUGGUCAUGACACCGGGUCCAGGUGGGGAGAGAGAGAGGACUGCUUUAUUUUGAAAAUAACUUUCAAAACUUUCAGCAAAAACGGUUCUCCAGUACACAGUGAUUACCAUAGAGAUUAACAGGUAUUGGACAGGUGGACAUAAUUAUAUAUGAAGAAAAAAGGACUUUAAGGUGCAAGAUCGAGUUUUAGUUUUUGUUUUUCAACAUCUUUGCAGGUGAGAUACCGGGCUAGAAAUGGCAGUAUGGAAUUCCGAUAGGCCGAAGUGCGGCAAGGGAUGUGGCGGAAGCAUCGACGCAUGGGGCGUAAGGAUUUCGCAGCCAUUAACUCAUUAUGAAGGGGAUGGACAGUGUCAUUCAGAAUUCGGUCAGCAAAUUGCUCCACCGUAUUGAAGUGUCGUUGCACGAUGAUAUCAACUAAAAUAUGAUAGGAAACACCAGCAGCAGAGGCGAGCAUUCGAAUGACACGUUUAAAAAUAAUUAGAUCUUUUUUAAGUAAAGCUGGAAAAAUAACUGGAGAACAGUAAAGAAUGAGUGGAAGAAUACAGCCAUCUAUGAAUCGCCAGAUUAAGGACUGGGGUGUGUGAUAUGAACGUAGACGACGAAUGUAAUAAACAAGUUUUUGAAUUUUUGUUAAAAGGGUUUCCAUAUGAAGAGAGAAAGAGAGAUUUGAGGAUAAAGUAACACCUAGGUACCGGAAAGAAGAUACCUCAUUGGGAAGAAUAUCCAAAGGUUCAGGAAUGGGAGAGGGUCGUAAUCGAAACACACACUGUACUGAUUUCUGAUUGUUGAGUAGGAGUCCAUUAUUCGAAGACCAUGCGGAGACGUGAUCUAAGCCAUCCUUUAAAAACUGUAAAUGAGUCAGGUUUUUGAGUGGGUGGCCUACGACCAUGUCAUCGGCAUACUUAACAUACAGGCAGUCGUUUGGCGAUCUCAAAUCAUCAGUAUGUAAGGAGAAAAGAUGAGGGGAUAAGAUGGAACCUUGUAGAACUCCACAAUUAUUUGGAAGAAUAGAAGAUUCUGCCUAUAUAUCAUGCGCCGCUGUGCGGCUGCUGGUUGGGCUCGAGAGAGAGCCCUUAAGGCACAACGGGACGAGUGAGUUCCGUAUGAACGAUCGGUGAGCGCCCCCUAACAUUGUAUAUUCCCGAUCGAAAACCGACAAGGCAACGGGCUCGUGGCCCGGUGAGUAGAGGCGUUGACUUCUAAACCAACAGGUCGCGAGUUCGAGGCUAGGGUGUUCCACACUUCGGGCUUGGGUAUGGCUGGCUGACGACGGCUAAUAAGCCAGAAAUGGCCAUUUCAGUCUCCCUUGUCUUUGUCGGUAAUAUCAUUCUGCCUAUAGAAGAUUUUCUCUUUCCUGACUGGACAAACUGAGUGCGGGAGGAAAAAUAAUCUCUAAGCCAAGAGACAACCCAGCUCGGAGUGUCGCACGCAGCUGCCUUGGUCAGGAGGAGUUGGCGCGGAAAAGUGUUGAAGGCGGAUGAGUAGUCGAGAAAAGCACAUGCAUAUGCACGGCAUCCCUUGUCUAAGUCUCUCAAAGCUGAAUGAACAACUAAAGCAACAGCAUCCAAGGUGCUACGCUCUGCCUUGUAUGCAAAUUGUAGAGGAUCAGAAAAAUUGACGGAGGAGUACUUAAGGGAAUCUAAUGCAACUCUUUCAGUAAGUUUCAGGAGUGUAGAAGAGCAAGCAAUAGGACGGAAAGAUUUAGGAGCAAAAGUGAAAGAUUUUUUAGGGAUUGGAGUAAUGCUUACUGUACGCCAGGCGUGAGGAAUCUUGGACUCUAAGAAGGAUAGAUUAAUAAGGUGGGUCAAGACGGGAGCUAUCUGCGAACAGCAAGACUUAAGGAGAAAAAGAGAGACACCGUCCGGCCCAGCCGCCGUUGACCCGCGAAUCUUUUUGAGAUGUUGUUCCACUGUUGUCACAGUCACAGGAGUAAAGUCACAUGGUGGUAGGUAAAUUUCGUUUGGGCGAGAAGGGGAGUCGUUAGAAGUACAGAUAAAAUUCCGAUUUAAAGAGUUUAAAUCUACGUCAAUGGGUUCAAGUAUAUUACGUUGACCAGUGAGACGCUUGAGACUCCUCCACAGUUCAGCAGAAGGAAAAGGAGAGGAGGGGGUGGAUGAAGUAGAAAAAAGUUGACUAACGAAUAAACCGUUAAGUCUGGCAAUUUCGUUCUUUAUUAAAACAUUGAUAUCCUUCACCUUGUCACGCUGACCUAGUUUGUAGAAGGCUUCUUUGCGACGUCUCAAGUGUUUGAGGUAUGCUGAGGAGAUUCUGUCAGGCCUGACCAUAACAGUUUCACGGGGACAACAAAUACCAAAAAUGUGAGGAUGGACAUCGUCAAUAUCGAUGGUCGCACUGCCGUGACAGGCUUUGAAUGGCGACUCCGUGUUCGUCAGCUGCCUGAAUCAGACAGGCCACUGGCAACUGAGAGAGAGGAGGGGCGAUAAAUCGAUCCAGCUCGCAGUCAUCACUAUUGCUUCUCUCCACAAACAACCGAGCACAUUUUAAGGUAUCACAACACCCAAAUGGUGUGGUCGACAAGACGGGGAUUCCUGAAUCAGAAGUCAGGUAAGACGGGUUGGGUUGGACAACUUUGCUGCUGAGGAAGUGCUUACACUAAGCUUUGCUAGCAGUCGCCGCGAGCACACUCUCCAGGCAAGUCGUCUUAUCGGUAUCCGCCAUCGGGGUGCUCAGACCCAGCGCGUGUGUGCGCCUUUCGUUGUCUCAGCGUCCGCCAGCCAAUCAGAGAAGGAGCAGCGUUGACUGGCAUCGAGCACUCGCGAGGCCAGUGACAAGCCUCGCGCGUCCCAGCUGCGGAUCGACGGGGAGUGAAGCGUACAGGAGGACAGCGCGACAAAGGCGGAGAGCAAGGAGACACGAACUGCCACAGCCUUGCUGGUUGUCAGCUGACUGCAUAAAUCAAUCCUCCUCAGGAUCGAGUGUGGGACUGAAAUUUUCGCAUAUUAAUGUGACCUCUAUGGCACUCCUGCUCACGUGAACUGACUUCUGCAUUUACGCCUGGCAUGUGUAAGCUUAGGUGCUAGAUGGCGGGUUUCUUCAGACAAUCCGGCCCCCUCUAUAAUUUUGACCAGGGAUGAUGGCGCGCGUCACGGACAAUGGCGUAACCUCCGAGGCAUUUGUAGUGAAGUAGGUCUGCGUAAUUGCUUCCAUCCGGUUCAGCACCAUGUUUUCUGCUCUGCUGAUGUACGCCUACCGCGAUGAGCGCCCCGGGGAUACGCAUCAUCAACAGAACUUAAGGGAAUCUUCCCUACAGCCGGCUCACGCAAACCCCAACACGCCUCUCCAGGAUUACGGCCCAUGACCUGCUCUUCGCGAACAACUGCUCACCCAACACCACAACCGAAGAGGACAUGUAAAGGAGCGUGUACCUCUUCGCCACCGGAUGCGCCAGCUUCGCACUGACCAGAAACACGGACGAGACGGUAGUCAUGCGCCAACCGUCACCCGACACGGAAUACAAGACUCUUCGAAUCAAUGUCAACGGCGGACAAUCUAAAACCUAGAGCAACUUCGCUUAUCUAAAAGGCACACUCGCGCAGCACAGAAAUCGAUGACGAGUCGUCCCAUCGAAUCUCCAGAGUCUGCCAGGCCUUUGGCCAGUUGCAAGCAGCCGUGUAGAACUGCCACGGCCUUCAACUGGACCCGAAGCUGAAGAUGUAGAAGGUCGUCGUCUUGAAGACACAUCUGUACGGAGCGGAGAACUGGACCGUCUACGCAAGCCAUGUCAGUAGCCCCACCCACUUCCAUCUCAAUUGCUUUUGCAGAAUACUAAGGCUGAGAUGGAGCGACAGGGUCCCGGACACGGAAGUCCUAGAGCGGACCUGAAUCCUCGGCACCCGGGCCAUACUGAGGUAACUUCGACUAUAAAGGAGCGGCUACCUUGUAAGAAUGAGCGGUAAGCGAUUAACCGAACGCCACUUCUAAGGAGAUGUCGCCAUGGGUGGCCACCGACAGGAUGAACAAAAGCCACGCUAUAAGUCCACUGAGAGGGCCUCAGCCAGUACAGACCGGCCUGAAGGACAGGGUAGUUUGCAAGUCCCAUGCACCUCGAAUCCAUAACACCAAAAGCCAACCGCUUCUAACAUGCACCGCUGCUAACGCACAUCCCGUGCGCGAAUCGACCUCGUUGGACACCUUCGGACGCUAUACAAUAACAACUUGGCAACAUCAAAUUCUCCUUCUACGACCACCCAUGCCGCCGACCUCCUCAAACCCCUCAACGACCAUCUCCACCACUGGUAAUCACAUUGCCGAUCUCCCACCGCCUUCGGGCACCACCGCGAUUAUCCUUGCCCCGACAGUUCGAACGUCGUUGUCAACGAUAUCCACCGUGUGCUCCACAGCAAUGUGAAGCAGAUACGUCGAAUUGUGCGCUAAUCACUUUAUGGCUGUAACGGACUUGCACUGCGUCUACCGCACUCCCUCCUCCUCCCCCAUUUGAGCCCGGUGUCAAGAUGGGAAUCCAUCAGGAAGACCCCAAUGGCGAACCAGCUGCGCCAGGUGUGUGAGCGCAUGACUGCGUUUCAGGUCCCAGUUGGUAGUCAUGGUUAUGAAUGGCUGAAUGAAGGCAAACAAGCCCGAAACAGACCUGUACCAAUCUAUCCCCAGGAACCUGUCUUUUCCCUGAUAUAUAUAUAUAUAUAUUUUAGGGCAAGAGGAUACACUACUAGCAGCACAGGCACUAGCUAAAAGCCCAUGCACGCGUGUUUCGCCGAUAUUCUGCCGUUGCAUGACACAGCUGCGAGGGGUUCGGCUCACUAGUGGAUCCCCCAGCAUUUCCCGUAUGUUUUCUGGUAGAUACUCCGAGCUCGCAGUUAAUUUCUGAGGAAAUUUAAAGGCAACAAUUUCUAAAUCGGAGUAUCUACCAGAAAACAGACGGGGAAUUCUGGGGGCCCCACUGAGCAGUCGAACCCCUCGCGGCUGUCAUGCAGCAACAGCCAGCUUGGCUGAUGACGGCAAAUAAACCAGAAAUGGCCAUUCCGGUCUCCCUGGUUUUUGUCGGUACCAUCUCAUUUACAUAUAUAUCUUGACUGCAUAAUUGAGCCAACUCUUCCAAAAUUCAGAUGAUGAGACAACUCCUGGGCCAUAACCAUCAUGACAGAAAUUCUUCUCGCCAGCCACUAAUCCGCUAUGAAAUCCCGUUCAAUCUGCUGGAUCUCGAAGGUAUGUCAAUCUGUGGUUUGAACGCAAGUGUAGACUGGUCUACAUCUCUUUAUGGUCCUGCGACACCUUGCAUUAAAUCUCUUUUAUGCUCAAUGUUUGUGUGAGCCGCGAAACGCAGUUCUAAGACCCAAAACCGCAUCGGUGGGAUACAAACUGAUUUAGAGUUGCGAAAAUUCCCAUAGCAGUAAUCAGAAGACGAGGUGGCGAGCAUACGUAGCUUUCGAUAAAUUAUCGUCCGGCCAGUACAAUUAUGUGGGAAGGGGGUAGAAGUAAAAACAUGUGAGUGAUGAGAUAAAUCAAAUAAAGUUCGCCUUUGUUCCUUAAAGUCCCUUUUCAAGGGGACGCCGCGAGUGAACUCCUAAAGAGACGCCUUGAUCAAGCUGUUUCGCAAACCUUCCCAGCGGCAAGGGUUGAAGUAUCCUUCUCGACUAACCCUAUUUUACGCGGAGAAGGUAAGGAUAAGUUGCCACCCCAGAUCAGUUCAAUGUGCAUCUAUUCCUUCACUUGCUCCUGUGGAGCAGGUUAUAUUGGUCUUCCGAGUCGGCGCUUAUCCAAGAAAUACGGGAAAACCUCCCGGCAUGGCUGGGAAAAGGCGAAACUAGGAGCAUAAGCAGCGCCAUUCUCGCGCAUGCUGCCGACUCCGGACAUCAUGUAGACCCCAAUGAAGCGUUUCGUGUGAUCUAUAAGGUCCCAUCGAGCUAUCCGAAACCACUGGGACAGCGCCUGUUAGCAACAACAGAGGCGGCCGCCAUCAGGUUGCGAAAACCAAUUUUGUGCACACAGAAGAACCACGUUCAGGCUCCCUAUAGUGGCCGAAGGUCGACUAACGCUACAACUCUCCCGCGUCCUUCCGCUCUCACCCCGCCCCUGACACUGACUACUAUUACCCCCUCCUCCCUCACAUUCCCACACCCAUUCCCAGGCGAACUUUAAUCGAUUUAUCUUACCAUAUAAUUGUAUUGGCCCGACGAGAAUUUAUCGAAAGCUACGUAUGCUCGCCACCCCGUCUUCUGAUUACAAACUGAUUCGAGCUGCUGGCAAGACCACAUUUGGAAUUUUUUCUUAUGUUGAAUCUGCGGUCUAAAGUGCUCGUGGUUGGCCGUUAUGCGACGGUAAACUGCUAGUCGAGAAGUACUACUGAACAGUGCAAUCCACCCCUGUGUGACAUCGAAUGUACCCAAUUGCGUACAACAUAUCUUAGGCCGUGACUCAGCCGGUAGAUCAUUAUGCGCGAUGACCCGCCAAGCCUUGAUUCAAGUCUCAAGUCGUACCCCAACCCUAGGGAACCCUACCAGAGCUUCCUUGUUCAACGCUAGAAGGAUUAUUUGCGUAGCCAAAGAAGAUUUCAUAGCUGACGUUUUCUUUCUGAACGCUUCUUAUGAAGCUCCCACCGGGCAGUCUCAAAUCUUUAAUCUCAGAAUGCGAGGGCAUCAGUGGGGCCCUUUUCGCGUACAACUUUACUGAUGAAUAACAUUGUUUAACAUCUGGGGGAGAUGUUCAGUCUGCUUCCUCUUUUUGGUGACGACGGUGCCAUCAGUGUACUGAAACCAAACUUGGGGUCGGUGCGUCUACAAGGCCUUCUCUUCUUCACACCUCCAUUUCGUAUGGCAAUCGACUGUUUCUGACAGCUAAUAAUCCAUCAAUAUCCAUCUGACUCCCAGAAGACCACCUUAUUUCCUUAAACGUUUUGCUUUUUGGAAAAUUCUCCCAAACGCGAAAUGUCUGUCUAGAUAGUUUGUCCUUUUAAUGUCUCUUGGCUAAAGGUGUAUUCAGUAAUUACAUUUCAACAGUUUAACCUGAGGUGUUCCAUCCUUCAGUAGUGCCAAAUUGAAAUCUAAAUCACCACCUAUUAGUCCUGUAAGAGGAAGAGGUCAUGCCUUUGAAACACUUAGACCGUCCAACGAACAUUCAACUGUACUUUGCCUUCCAGAGUUGUAUUAAGACGUUUUGUAUUUUCGAAAAAAACAAUUGCUUCUUAAUAAAAAUAUGCACUAUAAAAGUUCUGUUCGUUUUAGUGCAGCACCGUGAACACUUUCGUGGAGGGCGAAGGACAAACAGUGCUAGUUGCUUAAUUAUGCUCAUUUGGGUACUGGGUCCUUUCACAUAGAAGGGCUCACCUCCUGCAUCUACCCUCAUCUGGGUUUCUAAGUAAAGCAGGCUUCAAAUUGGCCCAGUGAUGGUAAUCCGUAUGAAUUGCUCGGGGGAGGGAGGGGAGAGCGAGGUCGAUCCUAGGUACUCCACCCCACUUCACAUAAAUGCACUCCUCGUUAAUAAUAAACAUGACGCGCCGCGAAACUAUCCGGACACUUUAAAAGUCGUGGCUUGGAAGGUUGUCAGGCGACGAGAUCAAGAGACAGACAGUCAGGCUGCAAUGGCUCCUUCUGAAUGCGAUCUCUAUGACACUCCCACACAGAUGGGGAUCGAGUCGCCCACGGUGGACAUCGCCGCAUGCGACAGUCGAACUGAUAUUCGAUGUAAAUUGGCAAUGAUUCGUAGGACACCAGUGGACAGCAUGAGACAGGCGUCACUGUUGAUUGUAACCUAUCAUGUAUCCUCUCACGCCCUUUCCCCUCUUCCUCAAAAAGGUCUGAGUCCGAUGGACUACCUGAAGAAGUUCUGCAUCCUUGCGGACACCCGACUUCCCUAUUACCAGCGAAUUUUCACCAAAUACAAGGACGGUCGUACGCAUCUAAUUCCAUCCGACGUAAGAUUGCAAAAAAUGUCUGCUCAAAUAUUUUUGCUCCAAUAACCCUUUUAUCUACCCAUAUUGUGAUUUUUCCCUGCUGUCUAGAAAUUGUUGGAGCCUCUGAAGGCCCUGAUGAGUGGGGCUUUCUAUCAGGAUCAGGUGGAUGAACUGGUCCGCAUCCUGGACCUGACAGAUGAGGCCCAGGCCCUGGAUGAACAUGAGUUCUGUUGUGUUUGUGGGCUGGCCGAGAGACUCUACUACACCAAAAACCUGUAAGCAUUAGAAUCAACCUGUUAAAUUCCUAACCCAUGUUUAAACUUGAGAAGAUCGACUGACUUGAUUCGCACCAACUCAACGAUCGUAUUCUUGAGGUAGCUGUUGGCAGAAUCUACUUUCAAUGAGCAUUCCCCUUUCGACAGACCUCGUGAAGGUGGAACCACACCAGUUAUCGUUUGGUUCCAAGCUCCAGAAAAUCUCAAGUGGAAGUGGGAAACUUUCUUAGUCAGAAAACGGUCGCGUUUUUGUAGUGUUGUCUCAAAAAUACUCACCACCGUGUCUGUUUGAACUUCCGACUAAACACAAAUCCUGAAUAAUCCCCCGCAAACCAUGCGUUAACUGCGCAUUUGCCAAGAAUUUCCGGCUUUUUUUGCAAGAGACAGACGUCAACUGAAAAACUUCCCCACUUACCUUCAAUACAACUACACCUUUUUGCGCGUAAACCUUGCGUUUUACCAGUUAUUUCUUAAAGUACUGGCGAUAAAGUAUGGUUGGAUUUGGGGGACAAAAAAACCGUAAAAUUACUAAAUACUUGUACAGUACUGUUUGUGAGGAAUAGUUAGUUUCAGAAGAUAAACACUUCAGGACUCUUCCAUCAACAGAAGGUACAUAUCCUAGGAUUGUGUCGACGUUCAUCCUGCUGUGUUUGACUCAAGCUAAAGACAGGCCAUAUAAGAUUUUAAAACCGGACUUUUUCAUGCCCGCUUUCAUCAAAUUAUGCAAUGAACAGAAUUCUUGUUUUAUCAUGCAAAAUACGCGACUUUAGGGCGAAAACAUGGCCCUUUUUAAUAUCAUGUAAUACCUCACCAGUGUUGACCUCUGCAAAAACUGAAUUGCCCAUUUUUUCUCUCAUAACUUGGCUUACGGUAGAACCAUUCUACUUUCUUGUCCAUCGACGAAAUACCCGAAUGCCUGCGCUAAGUGCACGAGCUGAAUCCAACUGACAACCGUUUUUCUGGGUAUCCACCCCUUCACCCAAUAGAAUCUUCCCUCUCAUUUUAUAAUACAUACCAGUGAACAUUUUUCACUCUACUUUAGGCUUAAUUUCUGAUGGAUGCGAUCGUUUUUCCUUGGAACUUAGAUGCUAUCGACGGGGUUUAAUUUUCUAUAUGUAGGACUUGGUACUGAACAGUAACAACUAGUAAAAUAGAAAAAAUUAGGGAAUCCAGUCGGUCAGAAGGUUUGUGUCAUUGGGUGUAGUCGAACCGCGUUUAGAACAACUAUAUUGCUUAAGAAGGGUGGAAAGUAAUUGACUGUCCCCAACCACAUUCAGUGUACUUCAAAGACCCUAGAUUAUCUUUGUCAUUAACAAAUCCGUCAGGAUGUUUAUAACAGUUAAUUGCUGCAACUGUAUGUCGACAACGAGUGAAGAACCGUCUCGUCCGCUGGGGUUUUUGUCCGCUUUAAGCAUUAAGAAAUUUAAACUUGCCGCUGUCCGUUCGUUAAGGAGCCAGUUUUAAGGUAAUAAACCGAAAGCCUACGACUGUAUGCAAAGUGUUUACGAAUAUCAGAAUCUUCCUUACAUAACGUGGCCUUCGGUGUGGCUACGGUGACUGUUUUGGCAGACACAGAGUUCAGACUGGUUGUAACCUUCGUAUUGGUUUAAGUUCUUAAGGAAUGAGUUUUAGUUCUAGCUGCGACAAUAAAACUUCUCUACUAAAGACUAAUUGUCAGGGGAGGUACCGGUGUAGAGAGCGAUAGAGACGAGUGCCAUGUGAAAGGAGUCGGCGGUUGUGAGGGAAGGGGCACCAGCUACCUUCACCGAUACACGGCCACAUCAUCUCCAUGCCGGACUUGCGCGAAGUGUGACUUCAGUCCUUUUAAAUAACUCUGUCCAAUUCGUGGCCCGUCACACAGAAGCCUAAAUAUUUGAACUCAGGCAGUAACCUUAAGAAUCAGUCCUACGCAUUAUCCUCGAGGCACGUUUCUUCAUCGCCUUUUUAUAUCUUACAUGGGGUCUAAAUUGGCCUACACUACAGGUCAAAAUUGCCGUGUUAUGUCCCUUAGAUCGAUCCGAACAGAUAAGCACCCUCUCCAAGUUGCUCAAGUGUUUUCUCCAUAAAACACGCUUUCUAGGCCUGUGACUCACUAUUACUAUUAUGCGCUUACUUCCCUUUUCCAGUCGUAUUUUCGGAGAGGAGGGUCUGGCUAUGCAACAGGGCAUUUUGGAAAGUGCUGAUUUUCACAUGUUUGUCAAGAAGAUGGACGGAGUAAAGAUAACAAGAAAUCUAUCUCGGUUCCUUCAACGUCUCGGUCUCUACAAGUGA